UAUUGAAGUAAACAUAUUUUCCAUUAUAAUUUUAUUCAGUUACACGUCGAGUUGAGUUGUUUUUGCGUUUUGUUUUGUGUCUACUCGUUUUCUUCCUGUCUAACAACAUUCAGAGAAAACGUGAGUGAAAUUCGUUGAGAAUAUGGCUUUAAAACGCACGGAAAUUUAGCUGGACGCAAGCCAACGACGAAAUUAGACUGCGAAUAACUAAAAACUACACGAAUCUACACCAUUUAGACAUUGGUGCAAUGAGUGCAAUACUCGGACCCCUAACUGGGUUAGGGUCUGUCACAGCCAACCUGGGAUAUAUCCUACCCACGCUUAUCGCAGCCAUAGCUUACUUUCAGCUUGAUAUGAUGGAUCCGGAAUCGAGACCCAUCGAUAUGGAAACAGAGCUUUUAAACGAAGCGUAUGAUUUUAUUAUAAUAGGUGCUGGAUCAGCUGGAAAUGUGGUAGCAAAUAGAUUAUCAGAAAUAAACAAAUUCAGUGUUCUCUUACUGGAAGCAGGCGGUGAUGAAACAGAAAUCUCAGACGUGCCUUUAAUGGCGGCAUACCUUCAACUCUCAGGCCUAGACUGGAAAUACAAAUCUGAACCAGAUGGUAAAUCAUGUCUGGGCAUGAAAAAUGGCAGGUGUAAUUGGCCCAGAGGUAAAGUAAUCGGUGGAUCAUCAGUACUAAACUAUAUGUUAUACGUGAGAGGUAAUCGACGGGAUUACGACACCUGGGAAAGUCUUGGUAACCCCGGUUGGGGAUAUAAAGACGCUCUGCAUUACUUUAAAAAGUCCGAGGAUAAUAAAAACCCAUACUUGGCACAAACUGGUUAUCAUGGGACAGGUGGUUACUUAACAGUGUCGGAAGCACCUUAUCACACACCACUUGUAGCUGCUUUCGUUGAAGGUGGUCGACAAUUAGGUUAUCAAAAUCGUGAUAUAAACGGUGAACACCAAAGUGGUUUCAUGAUUGCGCAGGGUACCAUCAGACGUGGUACCCGAUGUUCAACAGGCAAAGCAUUCCUAAGACCUGUACGCCUGCGCAGUAACCUCCACGUUGCAAUGCACUCCCAAGUAACACGCGUCCUUAUCGAUCCAGCAACAAAAGUAACCUACGGUGUGGAAUUUGUAAGAGAUGGUAAACUCCACAGGAUACGCGCCCAGAAAGAAGUAAUCCUCUCAGCUGGAUCAAUAAACACCCCACAAAUACUAAUGUUGAGUGGUGUGGGACCCCGAGCUGAUUUAGAACAACAUAAAAUCCCUCUCAUACAAGAUUUGAAGGUAGGACACAAUUUGCAGGACCACAUAGGUCUGGGAGGUUUAACAUUCCUCAUCAACAAAGAAGUCUCCAUCACAUUAGAAAGAGUCUAUGCAGUGACACCUGUAAUGCAAUAUGCACUCUUCAGUGAUGGUCCAUUGACCAUCAUGGGAGGUGUGGAGGGUCUUGCAUUCGUCAAUACAAAAUACGCAAAUGGUACAGAAUUCCCCGAUAUAGAAUUCCACUUUGUUUCCGGAUCAACAAACUCCGACGCUGGUGCACAAGUGAAAAAAGCCCAUGGGUUAUCAGAUGAAUUCUACGAUAAGGUAUUCGCACCCAUAAACAACAAAGAUGUCUGGAGUGUGAUCCCCAUGUUACUCAGACCAAAAAGUAGAGGGUUCAUCAAGUUACGCAGUCGAAACCCUUUUGAUUACCCUCUAAUCAUCCCAAAUUACUUCAAAGAAGAUUUUGACAUGAAGACAUUGAUCGAAGGUGUCAAAAUUGGUGUGGCCCUGAGUAAUACCCCAGCUUUCAAGUACUACGGGUCCAAAAUGUUGAAAUUCCCACAGUGUGCUCAUUAUCCCGAACAUUCAGACCAAUACUACGAAUGUAUGAUCCGUUUGUAUUCGGUGACCAUAUACCAUCCAGUUGGGACAUGUAAAAUGGGUCCUUACUGGGAUCCAGAUGCAGUUGUGGAUCCACAACUUCGGGUCUACGGUAUUAAAAACCUUCGGGUCAUAGACGGGUCUAUAAUGCCUAAUUUGGUCAGUGCGAACACCAAUGCACCUAUAAUAAUGAUAGGAGAAAAAGGGGCUGACAUGAUCAAAGAGUUCUGGAUGAAACAUUCAAGAAUGUGAAGGAUACAAAGGGAUACAAAUUAUAGCCAUAAGUAUUGUAAUAUAUUCUGUAAUUUAAACGCAAUAAAUCUAUUUAAUUUUUUAAA